AUGCUCAAGCAUAAAUCUGAAGCCUUCGGUGAAUUCAAGGAGUUUAAGGCUUUGGCUGAGGGAGAGAAGAAUACAAAAAUCAAGUGUCUUCGAUCAGACAGAGGAGGGGAGUUUUCUUCUGACGAAUUCACUGAGUUUUAUGUUUCAUAGAAAAUUAAAAGGCAAUUGACUACUCCUUACUUUCCUCAACAGAAUGAUAUAACAGAAAGAAAGAACUGGACAAUCAUGUCCAUGGUUAGGAGCAUACUAAAAGAGAAGGAAAUGUCUUCUGAAUUGUGGGGAGAGAUAGUGAAUACCUCGGUAUAUCUCUUAAAUUAGUCUUCCACUAAAAGUUUGCUGAGGUUGACACCAUAUGAGCUGUGAAUCGGGAGAAAGCCAAUAAUUGAUCAUCUUCGAAUAUUUGGCUCCAUUGUGCAUGUGAAAUGCACUAAAGGACCACAUAGGAAAUUGGAUGACCAUAAUUAACCAAUGACAUUCAUUCAGUAUGAAGUGGGCACAAAGGGGUGCAUAUGCUAUGACCAUGUCAACACCAAAGUUAACAUCAGCUAGUAUGUUAUCUUUGAAGAAGACAACAAGUGGAAUUGGAAAAAGGGAGGUGAGAGUGAUUCUAAACUUACUUUUUUCCUUGAUUUUCUUGCUAAUUAUGGAGCAGAGGAUGCAUCUAUUAACGAAAGUGAUGAAGUCGAGACUUAUGAGUCUCAAGAAGACCCUUUGUCUCACACUUUGCAUUUGAAAAUAGUCAGCCCGUGAGAUUCAAGUCACUUGAUCAAAUCUACUCUGAGACAUGUCUCAUGUCCUCGGAGGAUUCUAAUUGUUUACUCUCACAUGAAGAGCCUAUCUCCUACAGUGAAGUAACACGAGAAGAAGUAUGGAGGAGUGCUAUAAAAGAAGAAAUGGAAGCCAUUGACUGAAGUCAAAUAUUGGAGCUGGUGAGUCCUCUGACCAAUUGCAAGCUCAUAGGAUUGAAAUGGAUCUUUAGGGUCAAGAGAAAUGCCAAGGGAGACAUUGUGAAGCAUAAGGUGAGAUUGGUUGUGAAGGGGUAAUCCCAAAGGCAAGGAAUCGACUAUGAUGAGGUAUUUGCUCCUGUGGUUUGAUUUGAGUCUAUUCGUGCUCUUAUUACCAUUGCAGCUUAGAAGACAUAGUUGCUGCAUCAUCUCGAUGUAAAGUCUGACUUUCUAAAUGCAACCGGAAGGUUUUGUCGUAAAGGAUGGAGAGAGCUUUGUUUUGAAGUUGAAGAAAGCCCUUUAUGGACUUAAGCAAGCUCCACGAGCAUGGUAUUUCAAGCUUCCCAAAUGCCUAGUCUCACUCGGAUUCUCAAGGAGUAAAAAUGAGCAAGUAGUUUGUUUGAAGUGGUCUGAUAAAUCACACUUGAUUAUUGGAGUUUAUGUGGAUGAUCUACUAGUCACAAGUGAAAAUGAUAGUGACAUUAAUGAAUUCAUAUAUGAAAUGAUGUAUUUUUUCGAGAUAAGUGAUCUCGGACAACUUUGCUCUUAUUUGGGCAUUGAAGUGGCACAAGGAGGAGCUAGAAUCCCCCUGUCACAGAGAGCCUAUGCACUGAAUAUACUAGAUCUUGCAAGAAUGAGGGAGUGCAAUCUAGUUCAUGCUCCUCUUGAAGCAAGAGUCAAACUCAGUCAACAAAAUUCAGGAUCUUCAGUUGACUCCACUUACUUCUGAGGCCUCAUCAGAAGCUUAAGAUAUUUGACUCACACUCGCCUUAAUCUAACUUUCUCUGUGGGAUUACUGAGCAGGUUUAUGAAGCAUCCGACUUCAGGACACCUCUCAGUGACCAAGCACAUUCUAAGAUAUGUAAAAGUACAAUUGAUUAUGGAUUAGUCUAUGAGAAAGGUCAGACCGAAGCAACUUUAGUCGGCUAUAUUGAUAGCAACUUUGUUGGAGAUGUGGGUGACUGAAACAGCAUCUCAAGACAAGCUUUCUUCCUCGACGAAAUGUUGAUCUGUUGGGCCUCUCAGAAGCAGAAGACAGUGGCUUUCUCUUCGUGCGAGGCGGAGUAUAUUGCUGCCACUAUUGCCGCAUGUCAGGAUGUGUGGCUAAAUUGUCUCAUCAGUGAAUUAAGAGGAGAAGAAUAGAGGACGAUAAAAUUGCUUGUGGAUAACAAAUCCACCAUCAUCCUAAGCAAGAAUCAAGUGCAUCGUAAUUCUACAAAGCACAUUGAUACAAGGUAUUACUUUAUUCGUCAGUGUGUGGAGGAGAAGAAGAUCUCGAUAGAUUAUGCGAAGACGGAGGACCAGCUGGCCGAUAUCCUCACAAAGUCACUUGGAAGGCAGAAAUUCGUGGAGAUACGAUGGCAGAUGAGCGUUCGGAACAUUCGCACGGAGGAGCAGGAGCAAGGAAGAGAUUGAAGGCUUAGCUCUAGUUCCGCUGUGGCUCGCCGUGGUUCACCGUCUCUGGCGAACUCACCCGUGAAGCCAAUUUGGGCGUAUUUCUAUUUUUGAGUUCGUUAGGUUUUUUUCAGGUUUCAUCACAGCCGCACAUCGUUUGGAGUUAUAA